AUGCCCAAAAGGAAGGUCAGUUCAGCAGAAGGGGCAGUGAAAGAGGAGCCCAAGAGGAGAUCGGCGAGGCUGUCAGCUAAACCUGCUCCUGCAAAAGUGGAAACGAAGCCAAAAAAGUCAGCAGCAAAGGAUAAAUCUUCAGACAAAAAAGUACAAACAAAAGGGAAAAGGGGGGCAAAGGGAAAACAGGCCAAAGUGACUAACCAAGAAACUAAAGAUUUACCUGCAGAAAAUGGAGAAACUAAAAAUGAGGCGCAUCCAGCCUCUGAUGAAGCAGGAGAGAAAGAAGCCAAGUCUGAUUAA